AAAUGGGUCCACCAAGUUAUCCGGCCGAUAGCAGCGGAACUGGAGCUCUUUAUGCCGCAGCCCUUUGCGGGGGAAAUCCUGGGAAUGUGCAGAGCCCUGGGAAUAACUUUUUCUUAAAUAAUUGUUUCUCUUUUUUGUUUUGGCAGGUUUUGCACUAGUAUUGUUGCUCAGGAUGACAAAGGAAACAUUUACCAUGGUCGGAACCUGGAUUAUGAUUUUGUUGACAUACUAAGCAAGAUCACAAUUGAUGUGCAGUUUAUAAGAAGAGGGCAGAUAGCAUAUCAAGGCACCACAUUUCUUGGUUAUGUAGGAUUAUGGACUGGACAAAGUCCGCACAAGUUCACGAUCUCUGGUGAUGAACGAGCUGGUGGUAGAUGGUGGGAAAAUGCAGUAGCUGCUUUUCUGAAUCGGAACUACCCUGUCAGCUGGCUUGUCCGAGAUACCCUGAGCAGAGCAGAGGACUUUCAGUCAGCUGUUCUCAGACUAGCGGGGAUUCCCAUCAUUGCUGAAGUUUACUAUAUUGUAGGAGGUGUCUCACCCAAAGAAGGCAUGGUCAUAACCAGGAACAGAAGGGGGCCAGCAGAUCUCUGGCCUCUCGAUCCUUUAGGUGGAGCGUGGUUUCGUGUAGAGACCAACUAUGACCACUGGACUACCCCUCCUCCCUUUGAUGAUCGAAGAACUGCUGCCAUCAGAGCUCUCAAUGCUACUGGACAGGAGAACAUCAAUUUUGAUACACUCUUUAAGGUGUUAUCAGUGAAGCCAGUCUUAAACAGUAACACAGUGUAUACCACAGUAAUGAGCGCUGCAUUUCCAGAUAAGUACCAGACAUGGAUCAGAAGGGAGAAGUAA